AUGGCCGUCACUGUUUCAGGAACUUUGGAUUCUGCAACUCUAGAAAAGAGACUAGUGAGGGCUGGCAAGUGCCUUGAUGAUGAUGAGGACGAGGAGGAAAUGAAACAUAUCAGGGAUAAGAUAAUUCAACUUGCUUUUCUCAAGCAACAAGCUGAAGCUAAUGCCAAGAAAGUUAACAGGGCCAUGGCUGCAAAGAUGAACUUGUCGAAAAAUCAACUCAAAAACAAGAAACAAAGGGAUAAAAGCCAUUUUCUGUAUUCCUCUAAUGCUGCUGCAAAUGGGAAUCAUAAUGCUGGAACGAAAGGAAGCCCGAGUCAGAAUAUGGUAACUAAGGCUAAUCUUGGCGGUGGGCUUGAUCAAAACACACUGGAUGCCCUGAAAAAGAACAACAAACAGUUAGCUGCCGGUGGAAACAUGGACCACCUUGGUGAGGCGAAAAGGGCAAAUGACAUCGGCAUUAUGAUGAAUCCUACCGGUUUUCAUGGAAAUGGUGAUAAGACAUAA